AUGCAUCACUGGGAAAUGGGGUUGCUGUCUUGGUCGCGAGGCAUUCAUUACGACGAUGUGAUCUUUAGUACUGUUCAACCAAGAUUCCAGGUAACACGUCACCAGGUGUCGAGGGUAAAGAGAACGCCUGGCAAGUUGAAAGAUAGUUUAGAAAUGAUAUCAGGUCAUUUUGGGUCAUGCUUGGAGUUGCGCAAGUUCAAACCAAUAAACGCCCUUUCCUCACCCACGACACCGGCCCCCAGCGCCUUGUCCUCAUCCACGUCGACGUCCACAGCGCCUUGUCCUCAUCCACGUCGACGUCCACAGCGCCUUGUCCUCAUCCACGUCGACGUCCACAGCGCCUUGUCCUCAUCCACGUCGACGUCCCCAGCGCCUUGUCCUCAUCCACGUCGACGUCCACAGCGCCUUGUCCUCAUCCACGUCGACGUCCACAGCGCCUUGUCCUCAUCCACGUCGACGUCCACAGCGCCUUGUCCUCAUCCACGUCGACGUCCACAGCGCCUUGUCCUCAUCCACGUCGACGUCCACAGAGCCUUGUCCUCAUCCACGUCGACGUCCACAGAGCCUUGUCCUCAUCCACGUCGCGGUCCCCAGCGCCUUGUCCUCAUCCACAUCGACGUCCACAGAGCCUUGUCCUCACCCACGCCGCCGUCCACAGCGCUUUCCCUCAUCCACGUCGCCAUCCCCAGCGCCUUGUCCUCAUCCACAUCGACGUCCCCAGCGCCUUGUCCUCAUCCACAUCGACGUCCACAGAGCCUUGUCCUCAUCCACGUCGCCGUCCACAGCGCUUUCCCUCAUCCACGCCGCCAUCCCCAGCGCCUUGUCCUCAUCCACAUCGACGUCCCCAGCGCCUUGUCCUCAUCCACGUCGCCGUCCACAGCGCUUUCCCUCAUCCACGUCGCCAUCCCCAGCGCCUUGUCCUCAUCCACAUCGAAGUCCCCAGCGCCUUGUCCUCAUCCACGUCGACGUCCCGAGCGCCUUGUCCUCAUCCACGUCGACGUCCACAGCGCCAUGUCCUCAUCCACGUCGACGUCCCCAGCGGCUUGUCCUCACCCACGUCGCCGUCCUCAGCGCCUUGUCCUCAUCCACGUCGCGGUCCCCAGCGCCUUGUCCUCAUCCACAUCGACGUCCACAGAGCCUUGUCCUCAUCCACGUCGACGUCCACAGCGCCUUGUCCUCAUCCACGUCGACGUCCACAGCGCCUUGUCCUCAUCCACGUCGCGGUCCCCAGCGCCUUGUCCUCAUCCACGUCGACGUCCACAGAGCCUUGUCCUCAUCCACGUCGACGUCCACAGCGCCUUGUCCUCAUCCACGUCGACGUCCACAGCGCCUUGUCCUCAUCCACGUCGACGUCCACAGCGCCUUGUCCUCAUCCACGUCGACGUCCACAGCGCCUUGUCCUCAUCCACAUCGACGUCCCCAGCGCCUUGCCCUCAUCCACUUCGCCGUCCACAGCGCUUUCCUUCAUCCACGUCGCCAUCCCCAGCGCCUUGUCCUCAUCCACGUCGCGGUCCCCAGCGCCUUGUCCUCAUCCACGUCGCCGUCCCCAGCGUCUUGUCCUCAUCCACGUCGCCGUCCACAGAGCCUUGUCCUCAUCCACGUCGCUGUCCCCAGCGCCUUGUCCUCAUCCACGUCGCCGUCCACAGCGGCUUGUCCUCAUCCACGUCGACGUCCACAGCGCCUUGUCCUCAUCCACGUCGACGUCCACAGCGCCUUGUCCUCAUCCACGUCGACGUUCCCAGCGCCUUGUCCUCAUCCACGUCGACGUCCCCAGCGCCUUGUCCUCAUCCACGUCGCCGUCCACAGAGCCUUGUCCUCAUCCACGUCGCCGUCCACAGAGCCUUGUCCUCAUCCACGUCGCCGUCCACAGAGCCUUGUCCUCAUCCACGUCGACGUCCACAGCGCCUUGUCCUCAUCCACGUCGCCGUCCACAGAGCCUUGUCCUCAUCCACGUCGCCGUCCACAGAGCCUUGUCCUCAUCCACGUCGACGUCCCCAGCGCCUUGUCCUCAUCCACGUCGCCGCCGGGUUCCUCGCCUCACAACGAGGUCCACCAGAAUAUCAUUAUCCAAAGGUUGACACAUAA